AAGAUUUUCAAAGAGAAGAGCGAGAUCUCUGAGAGGAGCUGGCAGAUAGGUAGAAGCAAGGUUUUUCUGAAGGAGGAGGUUCAGAAAGUGUUAGAAGCAGAGAUCAGUGCUGCCGUUCUGGAAUUCUGCAUCCGGAUAUGCAAGAUGUGGCGGGGCUUCGUCUCGCGGCGCCUCUUUCAGCUAAGGCUUCAUGCACUAGUAAUUUGCUGUAAUCCCGAAGAUCUUGAUCUAUCGAUAUCGUGUCCAUUGUGUUGCACCGUAAUUAGGUCGUCCUCUUACUAUUUUUUACUUUAACUCGUUCUUUGAAUGAUGCCCUCGUCUAGCUUUUCAACAUCUACUUUCAACUAGUUGUGAUGUCGUAAGUUUACGCUUUUCUAAUCCCGGAAAAAAAACGUGCUGCUGUGGAAAUCCAGGCUUUCUGUCGAAUGGCAACCGCAAGAGCGACAUGCUUAGUAAAUUUGCGGAGAAGGCGCGCUGCACUCAAAAUACAAGCCAAAUAUCGUGCACACACCUCUCAAUCGAAAUAUUCAAUUAGGGCAGUCUUUUGCUCAUGAUUUCUCCUCAUUGUGAUGCAGACUCUUUGCAGCUCCUCGUCUACAUGGAUGUUGAUUACAGUCACAUCUAUACAUAGACCAUUUUCAUUCCUUAUGUUGUUUGAUGACUCGUCCGUCCUGACUGUUUAGUUGUAUUUAGUUCUAAAUAUAGAACACGUAAAUGUAUUGCUGUGUGCUGUAGCAGUAGCUGUAGGUCUGUGGGUCUUGGUGAUGAUGUACUUACUCACUACGUGUUCUUAGUUCUAACACUGAGUUCCGGAAGGGCAUGAUCCGGAUACAGGCACAAUUACGAGGCAAACGUGUCCGCAGUCGCUUAGGUGAUUUUCGCGAGAUAGCAAAUCAACGGGAAGCUCAGAAGGCCAAGGACCGCAUAGCAAGAGAGCGCGAGCAGGAGGAGAGAAAACGACUAGAAGAGCGCCUUCUCGCGCAGGAGCAGGAAAUGGAGGCUACGAGAGCUGCGCAGGCAGAAAAGGAAGAUUAUGAACGACUGUUUCGUGCUUCGCUUGAGCCAUUGACUUUAUUCUGUGUUACUGUCUAGUAUGUAAGCGUAAGGUAUUUCACCGGUCGUAGGUCUACUCUAGGUUACUUAGGAUGACUACUCCUGGAGACGCCAUGGUGAUGAUAUUUCAUUCAAAAGAUCUGCAUUAGCACCCUCUCGCAGUAGACUUCGCAAAAACAAGAUCUAAGCAGAGCAAAUGCGUAAGACGCUAGCGGAUGAGGCCGAAAGAAGAGCACGGGAAAAGGUUGAAGAGGCUGAGCGCAAACAGGCAGAGGAACGGGCAAGGCUCGAACACGAGCGGGCGGAGGCAGAAAGAAAGCGGAAAGAUGCAGAAGAGAGUGCGCGGAACGCCGCGAUGCGGGAUCAAGCAUCAGCGCAGGAGGAAGCAUCGAAGAAGCUGCAGACCAAGUUACAAAGCUUGGCAGCAGAGUUGGAAUCGGUUAGUAUGAAUGAGGAACCUUUGCUUGACGAGUAAGUAGUUGUAAGUCACGUUCGCAGAUGAAGAAGUAUAAUAAGAUGUAGUAAUCAAAGGUCUCAUCGCAGUGCAAGUAGCUGAUGUCACCAUCAUCUCGGUGUCCCAUCAUCUUGCUGUACCUGCAGUACUUCUCGAACAGAAAAAAGACACUCGUGUCUAUAGGUAGCAUGCAUAGAUAGACUGUAGUGCGUAUUCUGUUGAGCCUAGCAUCAUGACAAGUAGAAGUAUGUGCGUGCUUCGAUACAGACAAAUGAUGGUAACGCUCCUUCCCCAUCAUUCUCUAACUCAUAAGGCGAACGCGACAAGUACAAAAAUGAUUGCGUAUUCCAGCGAGAGCAGCAUGAAAAAGCCCAGACUGACAAUAAUGCUGCUAGCAUAAAGCAUUUGGAAGAACUUCAGGAAACGCGAAGAGAGAACCUUGACUUGCGUGACCAGGUUCGAACGCUCAGCGAAGAAGCCACACAACACCAGGAGGAAGUCGCAAACCGAGCAUUGUCAUUGGAUGCACAGCAGACAGAAUUGUAUUUUUUAAACUCUGAUUAUGGGUUGAAGACGAACAACAAAUCGCCUAUUUCUCUUCAGGCUCAAGGUCUUACUUUUUCUCAACAUCAAGAAUAACGUCCUCCCUGCAACAGCAUCAAUUUCUCUUGAUUUUCAUGAAGAUCUUGACCAACCCGCGUACUCUUGGAAAAAUUAAAAGAUAAACGGGUUCAGUUCUCAAGAAUUCCGUCUCUUGCUUUACUCGGAGUAUCAUUCAUUUCUAACUCAAGCUAGAGCGGCUGAAGACCGAAGCGGCAGCGAAGGAUGCGCGACUGAGUGAGCUCGAGGCAGUGCAAGCCACAGCUGAGACGGGAGCUGCCGAAAAGCUUAGAGCCCUGGAACGUCAACUCGAGGACGCGAGGUUUGAGGUCGAAGCUGCGGAUAAAGCCAAGCUUGCUUUGCAGGAGCUGUGCAAUACAACGGCAGACGAAAGUCGGCAGCGCGUCGCGGAGUUGGAGAGUAGUGUUAAGCGAGGUUUUUCAUUAGAAGUUCGUACAGACCACUGGAAGGGAAACUGAUCUCUGGAGGUAUAGAUCAACGUAUGCUGACGGCUCCGUCUAGCUGGUAUCUGUACUAUCUAUCAAUAUGAUGCUGAGUUUGGGUGCUUGUAGCUGCGUGCAUCUAAGAGUGCGCGCAAAUUGCGUAAUGAGAUUGAGGACGCGGUGAGUACUCGAGACAAAGUGCAGAUUGAACUAGAGUUCACCCAGAAGAAGUGCGAAGAGGCACAGAACCAAGUGCGGUCGCAGAAAGAACAAGUCGAAAUCCUCGAGAUAGAGUUGGAAGAGGUAAAGGCAGCAGCGGUGCAGAUGCAGUCAAGGUCAAGCGGGGAACGCACACGCGGCUCGUCGUCCGACGCGCAAGGGAGAGGCACGGCCUCGAGUCCAGAGGAGGAAGGCGGCGGGGAUGCCGCUUUUACCCGUCCAACGAUAGCAAAUCAAAAAGAAUUUCUGAAAAUGGUCGAAAAAUCGAAACUCUCUCUCGUACAGGAAAAUUUGCAGGACCAGCAAGGCGGAGGCACACCAACCUUAGAUUAUGCUUAUAUUCGCUAAAAAAUAUCUAUAUCUUCAGCUCAGGAGCAAUAAUUUAAGUACAUGGUAAUAUCACGACACUUUCGUAGGUCGAUUUUCAUCUAUAGUAUACAAAUACAAUUGAAGUUGAUAUUGAUUAGAAUGCCUCUAUCUAAUUCUAAUUACACGUGAGCCAAGUAAAUUUUGUCCUGAGCAAACACGGCGCGGACGGCUGCUCUCCAGCAUCCUCGUCAACAAGGUCACGGCAACUGGGAACCGCGGACUCGACGCCUACAGCAACGUCUUUGGACAUGACACGUUUGCGAAAGCAACUGCAGGAGAAGACACGACAGCUAGCCGAACAUCAUGCGGCCUUCCAAGACCUGAAUGCAGAGUUUAACAUCAAACGCGAAGAGAAUCGAAGGUAUCUCGCAGAAGUACAACAAUUGAAAUUAUGUUGUUGAAGAAAAAAAUAAAAAAACUCUGUCUUUAUCUUUGUUCAAGUAGUGCUAGAAGAAGUGAUUCGCAUUUGUUGCAAGGAAGUCAACGAACUUCGCGCCACGUCUAUUUUGUUCUGGCGAGGACACUUGCGAUUCCGAUUUGUGUUAUUUUAGUUUUUCGUACCUAUGAAGAGUUUUAAUAAAUAUCUCCCAUGCAUUUGGAUUUGCAUUUUAUUUACGAUUACAUCAAGAACGUAGUUGAAGUCUUGUAGUCAGUCGCUCUAAAGCAAAGCGCCCGUGCUCAACUGGAGCUCCAGGCGCAGACCAUGGUCCCAGAGGAUCAACUGCGAAGCGUGAAGAACAAGAAAACCGAAUUAGAAGCAACGAAUGCGCGCAUGGCGUUUUCUCUGACUGUAUGUUGAGUAUCGUCGUUGUCGUACUUCUAGGAGUUGCACAACAUCCGCAUGGACCUACUUCCUUCCUUAAGACCUUGAGAACUUUGACAAGCGUACUUGAUACUUAGGGACUAUUACAUCAGCUAGAUCUGGAGGUUGUUCCCCCGUCUUCUCUCGCAUACAACUUUCAUCCUUGAAUUUGGAGAAACAGAAGGCGUUUUGCGAGGAGAAGAUCGAUUCGCUCGAGAGCGAGAUAGAGGCGAGGCGGAAGCAGAACAACGAACUUACGAACAAGCUCCGCCUCUUCGAACUUGAUGCGGAGAAUCGGGAAGCGAGUAAAAAUGCCACCUCAUCGUCUUCCAUUGCUGCUGCCGCUUCUGCUGGCGAGGGCGCAAGCUCGUCUAGCUCACCUGGUGCAGGAGGUGGAUUCGCUUCGGGGGCAUCUUCUUCUAGCGGCCACCAAGGUGCUACUAGCAGUAAGAGAUCGACAGCGCAACAGAUGCUAGCUCAACACGAUCAAGACAUACAGAGAAGCAAGCAUUUAGACGAUCUUGAGCAGGAGAAUGGGCGUCUAAAGCGCAGCUAUGAGGACAUGAAGGACUUGAAUCUUCAAUUUAGGAAACAAGUUGAGAAUUUUCUCGAAGACCUGCGAAAGAAAAAUGAGGAGAAUCGCGUUUUGCGUAUGGAAGCCGUUCGUUUGAGUCGGGAACGGGACGAGAUCCAUGCUGAGUUACAAACAAUGCAGGACACCAACGACAGGUUAGCGGGAACAAACACGUACUACAUUCAGAAAGUAGCGGACCAGCGGAACGAGCUGUCUCGCCUCAGAGACAGCGGGUCACAGCUGAGUGGAUCCCAGCAGCCGAGCCCAGGAGAGGAGGGGGAGCUUUGA